AACUCCUGGGCGCGGAUGGCAAGUCCAUCGCCGCCGCCAACCUGUGCCGAGAGAGUGCGUGCGUCCUGCAUUGUCCCACAGGCGUUGCCCGUGCGGAAAAGGCCGGUAUGUUCAUCUGGGCACCCGUCUGGCCCAAGCUGCACGAGUGGGUCAAGGCCCACCCCUCCAGCACGGUGGACUGGACCGCGGCCGAAAAGCACCUGCGGCGGGAGUUCCCGGACAUCCCCGUCAGUGCCUUCGAGCACGGCGGUGCCGGCAGGACCAAGUAUUCUAAGUGGAAGAGGCUGUACGACCCCCAGCUGCUGGUCCCGCCGCCGCCGCCGCCGCUGCCGCGGGCAGACAAGCCUGUAAUCCCUGAGCUGACGAAGGGCGUGAGCCAGUGGCUAUAAACGACACGGCGCACGGUGCAACGGUGGUGAUUGCCGUGGCCGCAAUCUCUCCGGGCAGCCAGAGUGGCUCCACUCCUAUGCAUGCUGGCAGCGAAGCGCUGCAGCACCAGAGUGCGCCGGGGGGGUGCGUCUGCCGCUUGAUUGAAGCGACGACGGGCGCAGUGCCAAGCGCGGCCGCGACAGUGCGCGAGAUGAGCAACAGCAACAGCAGUAGCAGAAGUAGCAGCGCGAUCAGUAAAUGCAAGCAGGGAGUAGACAGAACUGCAGAGGCCAGCAAAAUGCAUGCUAGGACGCAUGCGCCCGGCGCGACUUGGCAGCAGUUUUGCCGAAGGGCAACGCUGUACUGAAGUGCUUGGCGGUGGGCGAGGGGGUCGGUAGGAUGAUUUUGCUGAGCUAGGCACGCACCAUCAGGGGUAGUGAUGAACUUGUCUGCAAAGGCGCUGUAUUGAGGCUGUUGCACAUUGGCCGCGUCAAAUAUCUUGGAGGCGCAGGGGUUGCUGAUGUCGAAAAAGAUGACGCUGGGGCGGGCAAGGUAGGAGGCGGGCAGUGGUAGGAGAUAGUCAACCUUUCACAGCUAGGGUGUUUCAAUCGAAUUCUUGACUCG